UGAAAUUUGAUAAUAAAAUCUUAGUUUUUGAAGAACUAACAGCUUCUGUACAGCACCAUUUUAAGAAAAGAGUUUGCUUAUACAGGGAAAAGCAUCAAAAUUGCGCAUGUGUAACGUCAUGAGUGAAAUAAAUGGUUUUGAAAAGAAUGGAAAUAUCUAUCGGUUACUAUCUUCAAAAUCCUCUAAAAAAUAUUAUAAAACCUUUUACGAUUACCUUAUAAGCAAUGCCAAAGAAGUGGGACAAGAUCAACCGUUUUAUGUUUUCGACUUAGCCGAUAUUCUCUAUAAAACUCAACUCUGGUAUGAAAGAUUUCCAAAUGUAUUUCCUUAUUAUGCCGUGAAAGCGAAUGCAGAUCCCGUCUUAGUAAGGCUCUUCGCACUGUUAGGAUAUGGUUUUGAUUGCUCCACUGAGGGAGAAAUACGGUGGGUGUUAAAAGCUGGAGGAGAUCCAAAAAAGGUCAUUUUUGCUCACACCGUUAAAAGCCACAGAGCCCUUAAGUAUGCCUCGUCUGUCGGCGUCGAUUUAAUGACUUUCGAUUCUAAAGAAGAACUUCAUAAAAUUAGUAACGAUUAUCCUACAGCCAGGUUGGUUAUAAGAAUUAAGUCAAAAAGUCCCCAAAAUGUCUACAAUUUGAGCAAGAAGUUUGGCUGUGAUGUGUCCGAGGCAGAAGACUUAUUACUGCAAGCAAAGGCUCUCAACUUGAAUGUGGUUGGUGUAAGCUUCCACGUCGGAGGUUUAUGCGACGAUCCCAAGGUGUAUACGUCGACAAUCGACAAUGCCCGUUUAGUGUUCGAUGCAGCCCAACAAUUGGGUUACAAGUUUACUAUCAUGGAUAUCGGAGCAGGAUUUUUCGGAUCGGAAGAGAGGGAAGAUUUUUUCUAUGAACUAUCUCAAGAAAUAAAUUCAUCUUUGGAGAAGAAUUUCCCCGGCGGAGAUGUCGAGUUUAUUGCUGAACCUGGAUGUUAUUGCGUAGCUUCUGCAGCGUCUUUGGUUACCUCAAUCAUUGGAAAGAAAAGCGUCCCAAGUUCCGGUGAAAGCGGGAUCCAGCGGGAAUAUUUUUUGAAUGAUGGUUUUUAUCAAUCUUUUUUUGAACAUCAUGACAUUUAUGAUGUCAAGCCCUAUCCUGUACUUACUCCACAAGAGUUAAAGCAGCGAGCUAAAUACAAAAGCAGAGUGUGGGGUCAGACUUGUUGUUCUGAAGACAUUAUUGAAGACGAAUGCAUAUUACCAGACAUGGAAGACGGAGAAUUCAUACAGUGGUCAAAUAUGGGAGCUUAUGGCAGAGGUGUCGCUAGUGCGUUUACUAUUGUACCUUAUCCGGCCGACAGAUAUGUCUUCGUGCAAGAUCCAAGAUUGCGAUUAGAUUCCAUUCCUAAUCUGAAGGAGGUGACUGAUUACAUUUCCGAAGUAUCAGAUUUAGUUGAAAAUAAAAAGAGUGAAAAUGGUUAUAUAUAAGGUCUAAUUAUAAGCUGAUAAAAUUUUAAAUGCGUUCUAAGAUUAAAGAUUUAUAUUUUAGUGGGUAUUAUAUUACUUUUUGGUGGCUUAUACUUUAAGCAAUCAUCCUAAAUAUUCUCUCAGAAGAACGUGGAAUUCAAGUAUCUGAAUAUUAUAUGUACUCUUAAAUAUUCAGCAAAUCGUUUUUUCUGAGACUCACUCAGGUCAGAAUUUUAUAAAGAAUUGUUGUCUUUUUUAAAUCAUAAGAAUCAACUGAUGGAGGUUCAGGGCAAAGUAUACCUUUGGUAUUAAUUUCAAAAUUUUAUUUCCUUGUAUGGAAUGAAAGUUUGAACAUGAAAUCAGUUUUAUGGCAUAUAUAAAUUACUAUCUAUUUCUAUUCCCAAGAACGAAAAUAAUUUUCAUAAACAUUCAGUAUUUUAAAAAAGUUUUGUACAGUUAUAUUUGUUUCAUGCUUUCUUUAUGCAUUUCAUAAAUAAAAUAUAUUUUCAAUUUUGGUAGA